AUGGAGACCGAAGAGCUUACAAAACUUGUGGAUGGCAUAUAUAAGAAUAUCCUGGAUAAAUUCAAUCCAGGCGCCCGACAGAUGAUAACAGCUGGAAAAGCUUAUCUGAAAGCUUUGCAUGGUGCUGCAGCAGCGUCUCGCAUGUACGUGGACGCUGUUGGUAAGUUGGGCCGCCAGGCGCAGCAAGGAACAUGGGGAGGUUGUGCCGAUAUUGGAACUGCCCUCAUGAAAGUCGUAGAAGUAUAUCGAGAGAUUCAAGAUCAACAAAUGAACAUUCUAAAGGCGUUUUACGUAGAUUUGUUGGUCCCCUUGGAAACUAAUUUGGAGAAGGAUACAAAAGUAGUACAGUCGGAACAAAAAAGAUUCCUUCAGCAACACAAAUUGCGCUCGGAAAGUUACAGCAAGGCUGCCGCUACGAUUAAAAAGCAAAGGAAAAAGAAAACUAAUGCUACAAAAGUUGGAUCAGCUAUGGACAAAGAGAUGAAGAGCAUGCAAAUACUUGAAGAAGAGAAAACCAAGUUAGACGCAUUUUGUGAACAAAGCUUGAAAAAUGCAAUGACGCAAGAGAGACGCCGUUACGGUUUCGUGCUAGAACGCCAAUGCUCGCUCGCCAAACACUGGCUGGCGUAUCACACUGCUGGAGCUUCUGCAUACAACACCGGUAUCGAUGAAUGGCUCGAGGUUUCACGCACUAGGGAGUUUCUGCCGCCUAAUGUUGAAGCCAUGUUCGUCAGCAAAAUGAGGCAAGUUUCAUUUUGGGCCGAUGAAGAUGUUUACGCUAGUCCGCGCUACGGUGAUGAUGAUGAUCGGGCGUCAGUUGGAUCAGCGUUAAGGAAAACGCGAUCAGUAGACGCGUCUUGUCUUGACGUGCGAUCUAUUGGAGAGCUAGGCUCACCUGCUCAAGGUCUAUCAAGAGCCAAAUCAGAUUUCAAUCUACAGGCAAGCUCCCACACUGAUGAACAAGAAAAUGAUACUCGUACGAACACACGACCAACAUCAUUGGCUCCCCCGACAUCAACAAGUCGGGAUCCACCUUUAGCGAGGGCUCUUUACGCAUACGCUGCUGCUGGUGAAAACCAACUGAGCUUCCAACAGGGAGAUAUAUUGGCAUUAUUAGGGGACCGCACUAAGGGAUGGCAGUAUGGAGAAAAUUUGCGCACUCACAAUGCUGGAUGGUUCCCCCUUGCUUACACGGAACCAAUUCCUACCGAAGAACCUUCACCGGCACGUUGGAGCUGUGCUCAAACCCCCAGCGAGGCACCUCCGCCUGCUCCCAUAGCCCACGCUCAGGUUUCAUCAUCUGUGAAUACCACACACUCGCAUUCUCAUCCACCAGCACGCAUGUUUGGUGACACUGUCACAGCUCAUCAUGUUUAUAAGGGUCGUCUGGGAAAUAAUUCUCCAGGACUGCCACCGACGUUGCCAGCGCCAUCACCGGGUGCUCUUAGUUCUUCAGCUAGUGCGACUUUCCAUGCUUCAUCAGGAAAUUCUUCUGCUACUAAUGCUAUCAAAAGCUCCACAUCUGCUGCCAGCUUUACUACUCAUGCUAUUAUAGAAACAAGAAGCUUUGGGCCACAAACUUUACCAAUGCGUUCACAGGUGACACAAAGUAAAGCUGUUCCAACGAAGAGUGCUGUGGCCACAGUUGGGGCAGUGGGUAACGUAUCACUGCAUAGCUCCAAUGAUUCUGGAUUUUCAAAUGAACCUCCUCCACAACCUGAUGUGGACUAUAGUGACGAAGAGGCUCAAAGACUUCGUGUACCUAUCAGUAAAACUCAGCAAAACAACGAGCGCAAGACACAUUUACUUAAAACUCAAAGCCUUAGACGUGGCCCAAAACCCAGUAACCCUAACAAUGGAUAUUUAACUGAUGAUCAACAAUUACUACUUCGCAAUAUGCUCGAUAUGGACAAAGAUUCCCAAAAAAUUAAAAGGACGAAAUCCUUUUGGAAAUUUGGACGUACAACUUCCGAAGAGAUAAUGGAAGGAAUGUCACUUUGGCAACAUCGUGAUAUAGUUGAUACUGUACCAGAAUAUAAGAAAAAGUUAUUUGUGAAGCUGAAAAAGGAAUUACGACCAGCACCAGAAGUUCCCGAACCAAGGAAAUCUCCAAAUACUGAAAAGAUUAUUCCUACUGAAAAUGUGCAAUUGCGAUCACAAGAAAGAACAACAAUAGACAGAAAAGAUGUUAAAGUGACGAGUGGGCUAAGACAAGCAAAGAGUUUGGGGUCAAUACAAACAGAAGAACGAACAGAUAAAUUAAGGAAGGAAAGUAAAAGUAACAAUCAAAGCCAAUUAAUAAAUAAAAAGAGUAAUUCUGAAAAAUCCGUUAUAGAAGUGAAACAUGAUGAAUUUAAUCCACGAAAUGAAUCAAGACACUCAGAUUUGACCAAUACAAGCACAAUAAAAACAAAUUUUGAAAACAGUUUCUAUAACGACGAAAAUGGUGAUGGAUUUGUAAUGAAAACAGUUAAGCGUAGAGAAAUAUUGCAAAGAUAUGAUAACGACAGUAGUUCCGAUGUCAAUUCCGUUGUUUCAAGUACCGACCCAUACGAUUGCAUUAUUGUUGAUGACCAUAUGACAUCUAAAAAGCAGCAAGAACUUGAUAGGCUCAGACAAGCUCGCUUAGAUGAUGAUAUUAAGAAAAAUAAGGAGAAUGCUUAUAUGCCUGAAUUUGAAGAAAUAGAAAUAAAUCCAAUAAAACCCCACGUUCGUUCCACGUUAACAACCGAAAAAUCUAAAAAGUUCUCUCAUGAACGUAGUUCUCCAAAAACAAUGGAAUUCAAAACAUUUAAAGAUAAUUCAAAAGAGAUAAAAAGCUCUUCAACAUCAACAGAAACAUUAAAGUACAAAGAUAAUGAACAGCAUACUGAUAUAUAUGGUGUUUCUAUAGAAAGAAAUGACAGUGAAAUACGAAACGAUGAACCGUACAAUGGAUAUGAUGAUGGAACUCUUAAGUAUAAAAAGAGUGCAAGUAAAGAAGAAAAAACUACCCAGUCAAAUAACUUUGAGAGCGGAAAGAAGAUUAAAGAGUAUCCACAAGAGGAAACAAGGUUACAGAAAAAAGAGAAUCGAACAAAUGAAAACAGAGAACCAAGAAUAGACUAUUCUUUAGAUAGACGUCAAGUAAGAAAAGAUUUAAAUGAUUCGAAAAAUAGAGAAACUAGACUAAGAAGUAGAUCAAACAGAAGUUAUGACGACAGCACAUUACCGUAUAAUGGACGAAAGGAGGAAAGGUACUACGAAGCAAAUAUAUCAUACUUUAGUGACCAAGAGAGACGUGUGUCCCGUUAUGAUUAUGAAACUGAUUCUAAAAAAGCUGAAAAAUCAAAGAUAAGACAAGAAGAAGCGAGGCUUGAAGCAAGACGAUAUAUAGAUCAUCGUAGAGAAGGACUUUAUAGUGAAUCAGACGAUCAAAAGUUCAAUGAGGCCUUAAAACAACAGCGACCCCAACUCCUGCCACGUACUAAGUUACUCAGACGAAGUGUAGAUGGAAGUGGAUUACCAGAGGAAGGUCAUACAUUUGGCCCUUGGUACGAUUUAUGGGGUCGUGAAACAGUCAUGUAUAAGUAG